CGUGAUCUUCUCCAUCACCAGUUCCCUCGCCUUCAUCACGACUGAAAGAAGACGGGAGGUGACGAGGACCAUGUCCUUGAGAGGCUUUCUCGUACCACCAAUCCACGCACCAUCUCUGGAGGGGACGACGAACUGAGGACUGUUGUGGUGGCCUUAUCUCUGGAGUGGAUGAGGAACUGAGGACCACAUCGCAGCCACCAUCGCAGGUGGCAUCGGGAACCUUACCCUUGUGCUCAGUCGUCCCUGGAGGGAAGAAGCAAGGCGUACAACGACUUUCCCAUUCUCAAGAAUUGAUCCUUCAGUCGCAAAGGCCGGAGAGAACAUGCGAGCUCAAGAGCGUGAGAUGGGGCACUCUAACCGG